AUGGAGGUUUCGCCCCAGCAAGACAGUGCCCGCCGCGGCCUGCUUCAGGAUGCCAUCUUUCCCGCCUUUGGUAACGAUGCGGGCACGCCCAAUGCGGACUCCCCAGAAGAAAUGCAAAAGAACGACCCGCUGGGCACCCAGAUCUGGAAACUCUACUCACGGGCAAAGACGCAGCUGCCCAACGCAGAGCGCAUGGAGAACUUGACCUGGCGGAUGAUGGCCAUGAAUAUGCGCCGCGCCGACAUGCAUCGCAACAAUAAAGGGUAUGGAUGCCCGCCACUUGCUUUUGCGUCGCUACCAGCCCAUGCUCCUCAACCAGCUGCUGACCAUGCCAUGUGCUUUAGGUCCGACCAAAAUUCAUACAGCAACGAAAUGAUGCCGCCGCCCCCAGCAUGUGCGGGUGCAGGUCCAGCAGCAGUGAGUCCAAGACCGCCGCCUAGGUCCGCCCCCAGCGGCAUCGCACAGCAGUUGAGGAAAUCUCAAGACCAGCAGGCCCAGGCCACUCAGCCAUCCCAGGACGCCAUGAAUCUAGAUGAUUUUAUAUUUCCUUCGUCUGUCGCCAGUCCUGCAGGCCUGUCGCCCGAAUUGUCGAAUGAGGAUGCGGCUCCGUUUAAUCCACCUGCCCCAGCGAUACCGAUAAGAAAGCCGCAUCUGGCCAGCGACCACAAUCUCUCCCUCGCCCGCGCUUCCGCUCCCUCAGUGCCUCCUACCAUCAGUAGGGAGGAUGAGUUUGGCUACGUGCCGCGACACGUCCGCAAGACCAGCAUCGACGAGCGACGACCCCCAAAGCGGCGCGCUGAAGCCUCGCCCCAAGUGCCUCCUGUCAACAGCAUCAUGAUACCCACUGAUGCCCAGGCAGAGGCCGACCUGCACCAGUACUCGCUGGACCACAACACCAUGCAGCCACCCACCUUCCCAGCCUCGCAGGCCCAGAACCCCUUCGCCAUGGAAAACUACCAGAUGCAUGAGGAUCCCGUCAUACAUUCCGCCGGUCCCUACCAGCAAAGCUUCCCUGGCUUCUCUCCCGUCGGCUCGCCUCUCAUGAGCCACAACGCCUUCAACUCGACCAUGUUCAACCACAACUCCAUGGCUUCGUCACUCAAUUCCACCGACUACUACUCUCCCCCAAGCUCCGCCUUUCCCUCUACCGUCUCAACACCACAGCCCAUCCCCGAGGACAACCAAAUGUACUUUGACCGGAACGGCAUGGAGAUGCGCCACACCCACAGCGCAGCCUCUUAUGGUACCCACCGACCUUCAAACCUAUCCACCUCGAUGCAGCCACAAUUCAUCUUCAACCCUAGCGGCGGUGGUCCAGACUCUGUAUUCAGUCCGGUAACGAGCGCCAGCUCCUCUCUACCCUUCUCAGCCUCGUCUUUCGGCCACUCCAGCCACAUAGAUCCUUCCCAAGUCCAUAGCCAUCUCCCCCUGCGACAGCAGCACGAGAUGCAAAUGGGCCGUCAAGAAAACAUGUUCACCUUUGGUGCUGAUUCAGACGCCGAAGAAGAUGAGGGGAGCGCGUUUGCAGAUCGUACCAUGCCAUCGCAAGAUUACUCACCAAUGGAGGAUGCAUCUCUCGACUUCAAUGGCGGCUAUCAGUGGGAGACGAACCUAUCCAACCAGUUUAAUCCCAUGCAAGCACGAUAUCCCGCUGGGCCACCACGGAAGACCGUCACCAUUGGCGGAACAGAGAUGGUGCAAGAUCACUGGAGCCCUGGGGGUGGAAGCCUUGGUCGGACACACGGUUCUGCCGCAUCCGUCAGCGACAUACGCAAUCGAGGGAACGACCCACGACGCCAGAAGAUACCCCGCACUAGCUCAACCCCCAAUGCUGCUGGGAUGGUGCACCAGGGUAUGCAUGGCUUGGUAUCAUCGCCAAAUUCACCUCCAGAGUCGGGUUUCAACUCUGCGGCGCCAUCACGUCCCCCAAGUCCUGGUGGCUCAAAACAGGGCGAAGGCGGUGCACCCACGACAUGUACCAACUGCUUUACCCAAACAACGCCUCUGUGGCGUCGCAACCCAGAGGGACAUCCGCUUUGCAAUGCCUGUGGUCUGUUCUUGAAACUGCACGGUGUUGUUAGGCCCUUGUCACUCAAGACCGAUGUGAUUAAGAAGCGCAAUCGUGGCAGUGGUAAUGCUCCUGUAGGCACAGCGUCAACCCGAUCGUCCAAGAAGUCGUCUCGCAAGAAUUCGAUUGCGCAUACGCCAGUGACAACGCCGACAUCCCACAAAGCGGCUGAUUCCGAGUCUCCAAAAUCCACUGGAUCUGGUGGUGGUGGUGGUGGUUCCAAUCUAUCCUCAGCCACUACACCGACUUCGUCGAAACCGAGCGGUGUGGUUCCAAUUGCUCCAGGUCCACCAAAAUCCAAUAGCUCCGUCAAUCUGGCUCAGACACGUGGGGUAGCAGUUGCGCCCAAACGAGCCCGUGGUCAAAGCAAGAGUGAGCCACAGGAACUGGAAAUGGCGGAUGCGGACGAUACGAACGGAAAGGCACCUCUACGCAGAAAGGAUACCGGUAUAGCGACUUCCAAUCCAUUUCCAGGUCAGAGCCUCGGUGCCCUGCCUAUGGGUGCCAUGGGCCAGGGUUUGCAGUCAUCUGGUCCAGCUGAAUGGGUAGUUGCUCGGCUUAUGUUUCCGGAUCUCGGCACUGGCCCAGCCAUAUCAGCAUACGUCACAUGUACCCAAGGACAGAACACGACCAGUGUUGUGCUUUCAAGCACCACCAUCACCGACUUCUAA